GUUCAUCGUCAUCGUCACGAAUGAGUGAUGCGUGAAGAAAAAUUCUAAGCUUGGAAAAUGUGGCUUUUCUCGAAUGUAAACAAUCGAUUAAUAAUUCGAUCCAUAAAUAAGUCACACUUUGCAGCUUUGCUAAGAACGUGUCAAACUUCCAGUAAUGUUUCUGCUAAAAGUGAAUCUACGUCUGAAAGCAGUAAUAAAAUAAAAGAAAAGAAUGACCCAGACAUGUUCAUAUCAGAAAUACCUAAUCCUUAUGAAUCAACAAAGAAAGUGUGUAUUUUAUGCAAGUACAAGGUGCCUGUAGAUUAUAAAAAUCCAAAAUUGUUGAAUCAAUUUAUAUCCCCAUAUACUGGGUUCAUAUAUGAGAGACAUAUAACUGGUCUGUGUAAGAAGCAGCACACAAGGGUGGUGCAUACCAUUAAAAAGUCCCAAUUUUUUGGAUAUAUGACUUAUCUUGGGAAGAAUGUACAGUAUUUAAAAGAUCCAAAGUUGUAUGAUCCUUUCAACCCUAGCAGACCUAAUCCUCAUUGAGAUCCAAUUAAAAAGAAAUUUAUUGUCAAUCACUUUUCAAUCAUUUAUGUAAGUUUCAUAUGUAAUACAGAAAUAAAGAGCUUAG